CAAAUAUUGUUUUCGUGUAUUUCGUCGCAGAUUACCAUACAAUUUCUCAAACGCUCGAAUGGCUACAAGUCUUUUAUGUCGGAGAUGAAAGUGGAUGCCUGCAGUUAUCUCAAGAAACGCAAUAAUUUCAUAUUGAACACACUAAUGGAUGUUUGGGGGAGAUCAUCGAAUAUGAAUCAUACUUGUCCUUAUGAUCAUGAUUUGAUUGUUGAGAAACUCCGUUUUACCGAAGCCGAUUUUCGUUGGAUACCAUUUCCAUUUGGCGACUAUGCUUUUUAUGUUAAAUUUGUUUUUAAUAAUGUAUUCGCGGCACAACUUGACUUUUAUUUAAGCAUUUUGCAAGAUUAAUUUGUAAUUAAAACAAUAAUAAUAAUAACGCGUGUCAGUUAGUAAGUUCUAUAUCAUAUAUAUUUAGAACGAAAGGGAAACGAUAGUGUAAGGGAAUUUUUGUACUAGAGUUUGGUUAAA